AUGGUGCCACACUCGAUGCCGAUAGAGUCAGUGGAGGGCGAGUGGAGUGAGCUGCACCGCCUGGCCAUCGGUGUGCGUGGGAGCAAGGCGGGUGAGGAAAGGCGCAAGACGACAGUGGUGGAAGCAGAGGCUCGUGCAGGCGGCGUUUGUACCCGAGGAGAGGUGCUGAUGGGGGAGGAGAUAGAGGAAGCGGCACAGGUCGUUCUGCUAGAAUCCCAUUGGGAGUAA